GUAAUACAAUAGCUUCUGUCGACUGUGGGUGUAAACGGCUGCACGCCUUCAUAAGCUUCACCAACAGCUGUAACUGAGCGACUGCCCAGAGGCUGGAGGAGGUGGAUGGGUCCGAGGGCCAGGCAGCGGGGUGAGAAGCAGAACCCUGCUGCCGAGAUCGUUUCACUGUCGGUAUCCAGAGAAUACGAGGACUGAAGCAAACCCUGAGCGGAUGUCUUAGCAUCCCUCUUUUCGGAAACAGUGAAGAAUAAAACGAGUAAAUAGGAUGUCUUUUCAAGAGCUUUCUGACUCUUUUGGAGUAAUGUUCUCCGCAUUCUCUCUGCCCAUGAAAGCGGAGCGCAAUCGGAAUAAAGAGCGACUGGAGGCAAUCCUCGCCGGUCUGUAUGAGUUGCAGCUUCUGAAACAGAGACAGGAAAGCAGGGUACUGAGUGCUCUUUGCCUCGGGGACUGUCUACUAACUUGUAGUCAGCCUUGGGAAGCUCUACGCUCGGGACGCUGCGCCAGGAACGAACCAAGCGGCGACGCAACGGAUGACUCCGACCUCAAGCUUCAGACUUGUACUUCCUGGGCUAUAAGGGCAACUUUAGAAAAGCAAGUGGCAGAGCAGAAGAUGAACAAUGAUGUCAAAUCAGACGAUUCUACUGAUCUGGAGGACAACCAACUCAAUGCAGGAGAGGUCCUCGUAGGAAGACAUAUUGAAACUCCAGAAUCAAAUUACCACCCUGUGAUCACUCAUUCCCUCUUAGCCCCUGAGAGGAUACAGGAAACAGAGACAAAAGAAAAAACAUGGCUGUCAGACCCAACUCAAGAAACCAUGGUUGCCUUGGGGAAAAUGAAGGAUGUUGACCCCAGUCAGCAAGACUGUCAACUAGCCAGCAAGGUAGAGACAUAUAUAUUUGGACUGAUACAGCGGCGAACACUACCUACACGACCCUCAAAGCCCCGCACCAGCCUGGCACAUGAUACUCUAGCUGUUAGUGUGGUGAGACAAAGUAGUUUAUGCCAAAAGGAUGAGCAACAAUUAACAAAGCAGGUGUCUGUUGUACAAAUCUCUACUCCUCCCCAGUGUUCAGAAGGAACUGCUUCACAGGCUGGCCAUAACCUGGAUAAGGAGCAUUUCAUGAGGUCACAUCUUACUGAAGAUUCGCCACCUCAUUAUCACCAUGUCCAGCAAAGUGUCCAACAUCAACCAGGGCUUUAUCAUAAGACCAGACAGGCCUCCAUGGUUAGUACCUCCCGUUUAACCUCACUUGACUAUUCGUCUUGCAGAGUUCUGCACGCCAACACAGACCCCAGCACUAGUGAAUCCGAUUCACCCCAACAUUAUCGCAACUAUCCUUCUCCUCCAGUUCUGUCAAAGCCUCAUCAAAUGUCUUCUCAUGAUGAGCUGCUGGUUAGUGCAGAUUAUAUUCCAGCCCAGCUCUGCCGAGCCUCCACUCGAGCCUCUGCACAUCAUCAUUCAAACCCCCACAAGGGCUCUGGGGUGCCCAGAACUGAUCGAAGCACAUACUUGUCAGAAAGAGCAACUCUGAUCCAAACUCCCAGGACCCGAACAGGCCCAAAGAAGUGUCGAUCAAACGAAGAUGGAAAUGUUCCCAGCAGGAAGCCAGGAAAAAAGGCAUGCAGGUCUCAGUCAGAGAACAGUCUGCAAAGGAUUCCAGAGCGCAAGUACAACACAGUAGAAAGGGACGGUGGAGGAAGUGGAGGCGGUGGAAGGGGAAGCCACAGUAGUCAAUCCAGGAACAAGAAACACCAACAAGGAAGCAGUAGCUACAGGCGUUGGCAGUCCACGCUGGAGCUCAGCCAAGAUGAGGCUGAUCAGCCACCCAAGCAAACACUCAUGCAAAAUUCUUUAGCUUCAAACCAAAAGGACCGUUGUCUAACGCGCGCACGCAAAUCUCGCCCUACACUUGUAUCAUAUGCUUACCCACACCACAGUCACAACCACCAUCUGUCCCCCCAUCAUCAGCAUUUGGAGUUUCAGUCGAAGAUGGAUCAAAUGCAAUUGUGUCAGCGCAGUGAGAACUACCCCCAUCCAGGACAAUGUGAGUCUGAGUCCAGCAUGAGUGAAGCUGACAGUCGAGAUUCUAGCUCUUUGUCCAGUGACUCAGAUGAAAGUGGUGGUCUUGUUUGGCCCCAACAAUUACCACCUCAACUUUGUUUCCCAUCACUUCCUGUUCCACCUGGAGUACCUCUGCAGACCAAGGCUUUUGUCAAGAUUAAGGCCUCGCAUGCCCUUAAGAAGAAGAUUUUGCGUUUCCGCACAGGUUCACUGAAAGUAAUGACGACUGUAUAAAAUGGAAUGUGUCCAAACUGUGAGAAUGUAAGAUGCAAUGAUUUAGACUGUGCAGAGUGAUGGACCUUAAACCACAGUAAGUAUUCAAAUGAAUGUGCAUAAAGUACUAUGAGUGAUUGGUUUUAGAUCAGCCAUAACAGGUAAUAAAGGAAGUGACUGCCAUCAUAUCGGCCUUUAAAAAAAAGAAAAAACAAGAUGAAAAAUUCUAUACAAAAUUUACAAUUUACUAAAAGUCUGUGAUCGUACGUUAGUUUUUAUUAUAGCCACAUAUCCCCCACACAUCCAGUCACACACUGAGCAGAUCACAGUUUGUGCUGACAUUGUCUUUGAGGUCACAGAGAAUUGUAUUUUAAUUUUUCCCCCUUUUUUACCUGUACUUGCUAUCGUAGCAGGCCCCAUGCAGGACCAUUUCUGCACCUGAAUGCUAAGUCUUUUUACUUUUUAUGUGUGGCAUAUGACAGAUGAACGAGUGAAUAUUAGUAGCAGCAGAGCUUGGAAAAUUACUUGAAUAUAGGCACUGAGGUUGUUGAAGAAGAGAAAGUUUUAGGUUAACAAGUUGGCAUGGGUUAGACCAGAAAUUAUAUAUCUUAAAAAGCAAAAAAAAAAAAGUCAUUUUUAAAUAGACUACCAAGAUGAUGAUGAACAGAACAUUAGUUGUGUAUUAGAUUUUUAAUAAGAUAAUCAAUGUUUUUCUUUACGGAUCAGGAUAAUGCCUAAUGCAAGUAUAAUAAGUAUCUUUUAACUGUUGUCAGGUACCAUUGAUUGUCCUAAUCCUUUUAGAGUCAUAAGUGGAGCCUAACUUAUUUAAACCUCUGGAAUCAAUGACAUGCUCUUCUCUGUGACCCACAAUGGUCACAGAAAUAAUUUGAAUCUGACAAAAGUAAUAAUAAAUAAAAACUUUAUGAAAAUUAACCAAUGAAAAUCAGACUUUGCUUUUGAACCAUGGUUUAACUGAAUUAUUUUAAAAAAUAAACUCAUCAAACAGGCCUGGACAAAAAUGAUGGUACCCUUAACUCAAUGUUUUGUUGCACAACCUUUUGAGGCAAUCACUGCAAUCAAACCAUUUCUGUAACUGUCAGUGAGACUUCUGCACCUUUCAGCAGGUAUUCUGGUCCAUUCCUCAUGAGCAGAUUGCUCCAGUUGUCUCAACUUUGAAGGAUGCCUUCUCCAGACAGCAUGUUUCAGCUCCUUCCACAGAUGUUCAAUAGGAUUUAGAUCAGGGCUCAUAGAAGGCCACUUCACAAUCGUCCAAUGUUUUCCUCUUAGCCAUUCUUGGCUGUUUUUAGUUGUGUGUUUUGGCUCAUUAUCCUGUUGCAAGACCCAUGACCUGCGACUGAGACCAAGCUUUCUGACACCGGGCAGCACAUUUCUCUCUAGAAUACCUUGAUAGUCAUGGCAUUUCAUUGUACCCUGCACAGAUUCAAGACACCCUGUGCCAGAUGCAGCAAAGCAGCCCCAGAACAUAACAGAACCUCCUCCAUGUUCCACAGCAGGGACAGUGUUCUUUUCUUGAUAUGGUUCAUUUUUGCGUCUGUGAAUGUAGAGCUGAUGUGCCUUGCCAAAAAGUUCCAGUUUUGUCUCGUCUGUCCAUAGGACAUUCUCCCAGAAGCUUUGUGGCUUGUCGACAUGUAGUUUGGCAAAUUCCAGUCUGGCUUUUUUAUGAUUUGUUUUCAACAAUGGUGUCUUCCUUGGUCGUCUCCCAUGAAGUCCACUUUGGCUUAAACAACGACGGAUGGUGCAAUCUGACACUGAUGUACCUUGACCUCGGAGUUCACCUUUAAUGUCUUUACAGGUUGUUCUGGGCUCUUUUGUUACCAUUCGUAUGAUCCGUCUCUUCCAUUUGUCAUCAAUUUUCCUCCUGCGGCCACAUCCAGGGAGGUUGGCUACAGUCCCAUGGAUCUUAAAUUUCUGAAUAAUAUGUGCAACUGUAGUCACAAGAACAUCAAGCUACUUGGAGAUGGUCUUAUAGCCUUUACCUUUAACAUGCUUGUCUAUAAUUUUCUUUAUCUCCUGAGACAACUCUCUCCUUCGCUUCCUCUGGUCCAUGUUUAGUGUGGUACACACCAUGUCACCAAACAGCACAGUGACUACUGUAACCCUAUAAAUAGGCCGACUGACUGAUUACAAGUUUGUAGACACCUGUGAUGCUAAUUACAGGACACACCUUGAUUGAACAUGUCCCAAUGGUCACAUUAUUUUCAGUCUUUUCUAGGGGUACCAUUAUUUUUGUCCAGGCCUGUUUCAGGAGUUUAUUUUUUCAAAUAAUUCUGUUGAACCACAGUUCAAAAGCAAUGUCUGAUUUUCAUUGGUUAAUUUUCAUAGAAUUUUUAUUUAUUAUUACUUUUGUCAGAUUCAAAUUAUUUCUGUGACCAUUGUGGGUUUUUCUUUCAUUAACGGAGGGGUACCAACAAUUUUGUCCAUGUGUGUAUUAGUGAAAUUUCAGAAAAGCAUGCUCUGAUCAAAGGACAAAAUUAGUGUUCAUCCGCAGUAAGAGUAGACAUGUUCAGUGCAGACCAAAGACAGAUUUGCUGUAGAAGUACCUAAUAUUAACUGUAAAGCACAGACUGUCACCUUGCAGUCAUGGAUUAAAUUAUGAAUUCUGCAUCAUAUCAAACAGUGCUUGAGGAUAUUGAGAGGCCAUUUGAAGUUAAAGUUGAACCAAAACUGGGCCUUUCAAAAAGAUAAAGGUGAAAAGAAAGCAAAGAAGAAGUUUUAUGUUAUUCAGGUGUGUUUCUGUGGACGGAGCUCUAAAGCCUAGAAUGCCCUGUUGAUGCAAAUCGUUGUCACACAAACAUUGUGCCUGUUGUAGAUGAAGUCUCACACACAACUAAUUAUUCUUGAACAGCUGUGUAUGGAAUGUUAAGUAGUUACAAUUUCUACUAUUUUAAUAUUAAUAUUAUAGUAUUUUUGGACAGUAACAAAAAUUUGCCUGCCAAAAGAAUGUAUUUUACAUUACAGUGUGUCUUUCAGCAUUUGGCAGCAUUAUCAUUUAACAUGCAUCAGUCUCUUAUUAGCUUCUCCUUGUAAGAAGUAUGUUAACCAAAAUGCAGUUAAUAAAUUGAAUGCUGUCUUAAAAAA